AUGCCCCCCAUGAUCCCUGUGCCCCCCGCGCCCCCCACACACCCCAAGCCGCCCGUGACUCCAACGCCCUCCACAGCCCGCAUGGCCCCCGUGCCCCCCACGCCGGCCAGCCGCCUCCUCGGUCCGAGCGGUCUCAGCACCCCCCAGCCCCAGCAGCACGAAAACAGCGGGCAGAAAGCGUGCGGGACGGGGGGCCACGUGGAGGCGGUCGAGGCGCAGGGUGCCCGGCUGGUCGGGCCCGAGGUUCUGCGGGCGACCCGGCUCCUGAAUGAGCCCGACCCAGAGAACCCAGCCCAGCGCAGCCUCCACAGCACCAUGGCCCAGAUGAGGGAGAGCCUUUCCCUCCACGAGGUGGAGCUAGUGGAGCUGAAGGAGCUGGUGCUGACCCACCUCACUGCCAGCAAGGACACAGAGCUCCUUAAAGAGCAGCUCAGCCAGAUGAGCAGGGAGCUGACAGAGACACAGAGAGAGGUGAAGGAGCUGAAAGAGGAGGUGAGGGCGCUGCAGGAGGACAGAGAGACUGUAGAGAGGGAGCUGUCCACAGUGAGGGAGGAGCUGCAAGCACAGUGA